UGAAAUGAAUAGCAAAGACAGUUCCAUUCCCAAUUGUCAGCCUUCUUUGGAAGUUGGCGGAAUAAGAGAGAGAACAAAUCAUCAGAGUCAUGAAAAGUUGAUCCGAGCAGAGAUAGAUAAAUUUAUUGGCCUAAAUCGAUUUGGAACCUCCACAUCUAGCAUGGCAGAUUUAGACUCAAGCUUAUUGAAAUUUGAAGAAAACCCAGAGUUUUGAAAGAUUAGGUUUAAAUAAAAAUCCUCCAAACGUAACAAAAUCGUCUAAGAUUCAAAAUUCUUUGAAAAAUCAGAAAUAAAUUAAAAGCCAAAUGCAGGAAGGCAAUGAAGGUCUCUUCCAAUUGUAAAUUCGGCAAUGACCUUUAGAUACUCACAAGGUGUGAACCAGAAUAUCCUGGACUGGUGCUAUUUUAUCUAAUUAUUUUCGCUCUUUUCUUUUUAUUCUGGUCUUAGAGCUGCCCAAGUAUUGGCAGGAUUUAGUUUUGAAUUCUUUUCAGUUCUAAGUUUAGAAAAUAAAAGCUUAAAAGUUAUUACUUUUAUAGUCAAAAGAUUCGAAGAAGUUGCAUUACAAUCUCAAAAUGAAAGGAAAGACAUUAACCAGAGUUACCAGGAAUAAUUCAGCUCAGCAAUCGGCUAACCAAGAUUUGAAAAAUAUCAAAGCUCCAUUUGGCUUUAGGAAAGACAGUUCAACUGUUCUUCAAAAAUAGAAGAGAAGUAGAUCUACAAAAUCCUAACUGCACAAAUAUCAAAAUUGAAACUGAAUUCGCAGUCAAUUUUACUCCAGAGGUUGAUAAGGGUACUAGGGUAACAGUGGAAGAUAUCGAUAGCUUCCAAUUGGCUCCGAAUAAAGAUUCAAGAGAUACCAAACUGAACCCUUAUACUCACAUGGAAACAGACCCGAUCAAUUGUUUUUCAACCCAAAAAGUUAGCCAAAAGAAAAGCACUAAAAAUUACUCCAAGAUAUACAACUAUAAUGAUAAAUAAAUCGAAAUCGAGGUCAAAAUCUGGAUCAAAAGAACACUCAAUGAGGUUUUCAGCAGAUAAACUCAAGUUUGUGUCUGGAGGAGGUUUGAAGUACUCUUCAUUGUCUUCCAAAAGGAGGAUGACAAAAUAAAGGAUUAGAGAUAGCAUGUCUCAUUCCGGCUCCCAAAUAAAACUUUUAAAUUUGAGAAACUUCAGAGUGAAGAAAAUAAAUUUAUCCGCCAUAAAAAUAAUUAUGUGUCAACAUUUUCACCAACAGAGAUCCAGGACAUCAUUCACAAAAGGAAUCUUGAGAAACUCCAGUUUAAUUCAAAAACGAUUUCCCUCAACAAGUUGAGUAAAAUAAAUGGCAACAAGACUAGGUAUAGUAGGAAGACUCUGUGUCAGCUUCGAGAAGCUAAGUUAAGAGCUGCAAAUAAUGGAAAUGAUAGUUACAUUAAAAUAAAGGAAACUUCUAUAGCUGGAGAUGCCUUUGAGCUCAAACCUAAAAAGAAGAGAACUAUAAAGUCUGCCGUUCAUAAGAAAGUGCCCAUUAAGAUAUUGGCCAAUUCAUUAACGAAUUUUCAAAUUCUGCAGGAAGAGAAAAACAGUCAAUGCAGAUUUAUUAGUUGUAAUCAAAACCAAGCUGGGCAUAAGUUAAUUGUAUCUGGAGAAUCUUGAGACAUAGAUCAGCUUAAGACUGUAUCUAAUAGGAAUAACGACAACAUUUUGGUGUAUGCUAAGAAGAGAAGAAGUGCAAGUAGUAAGAUCCAGAAUUCUGGUUCCAUACCUAAGUCUAAUAAGAAUCAUUAUUGUGCUCAAGGCCAAAUUACAACUUCAAGCCAAAAUGAGAACCCUCUAGACGAAGACCUUGGGCAGAGCACUAUCGUGACAAAAGACAGCAUUCCUCGAUUACUGCCUAAUUACCAAGCUAUUGAUUUCAAACAGUCGAUUGACCAAAAGCUCAUUCAUGACAGUGUAGCUUCAGCCCAGUCUAAAUCCUUUGAAUUCAAUACAAGUAGAUCGGUGGAUGAAAGUGAAGUUGCCAUCAAGCCUAGACCUACUAUAAAAUGCGAAAUUAAGACAAUUCUGAACCCUGAAAACUCAACUAUGAACUUCAACUCCUCAAGAGUAGAUAUAGCCGAAACCAAACAUGGCAAGGCUAAAAAGAAGGCCAGUAGGAAGCGAAAGAAGAUAUUGCCAAAGUUUGGCUCCUCAUCGAAAUUGGGUUUGAAUUCUGCCAAACAGCUUUAAGAAGCAGCUUAAGAGAGAAACACCCAAAGUUCAAAAAUUUUCACCUGUUCAAAUAAAAGAAAUGAAGCCUGACUUUCAUAUAGCUGCUAUGAAGGUCAAGAAGAUUUAUAUGCCUUUCCAGAAGUUACCAGAGAGAAUGAGGAACUUAAGAGAAGAAGCUUUUAGGAGUGUCAAGGUAAAAAGAAAAAGGCCAUUUAGUUCUUACACAACCAAAUAAAAUGUUUGUAUCCCUCAAAUAAUCAUAUUG